AUAUCACUUAUAAAUGUAGAUAAUAAAAUUGAAUAUUUUUAUAGGAUAGCGGUGAUAUUGAAAUUAUAUGGCGUUUGUGUAGAGCAAUGUAUAAAUUGUCUAAAACUGUGAGUGAAGUGGAUGGAAAGAAAUUAAUUUUCGAAGCUUAUGAUUUAAUACUUGAAGCACUUGAGAUAAAAGAGGAUAAUUGGGCUGCACAUAAAUGGGCAUCGAUUCUUCUUAAUUCUAAGACUCUUUAUGAAGGAGUAAAAGCACAAAUAAAAGAGUCAUAUAAUAUUAAGAAACAUAUGCUGGUAUAUUUCAUGAUAAUAUAUUAAUAUACAUAUAUUAUAUAUAUAAUAUA